GAGAUGAUACAAUAGGUGUGUCGCGCUCAAUUACCCACUGGAAAGAGAACCCAAAUCGAUAGGAAAGAGAAAUGGCCGGGACACCGCGCGACGCCCACCCCUCUGACGCGAUGGAGAAGCUGCGGCAGCAGUGCCUGGCGCGUGGUGCGGCUGGGAUAAAGGGUUUGAGCAGGGCAUUCCGCCUGAUGGACGAUGAUCGCAGUAAGUCUCUGGACCUGCAGGAGCUGUUGAAGGGGCUGCAGGCGUACGGAGUGUCCGUCAGCGUCGAGGAGGGCCAGCGUAUGCUCAGUGCCCUGGACAAGGACGGGGGCGGGACCAUCGACUUCGAUGAGUUCCUAGAGGCGCUGCGGCCCCCCCUGUCCUGCAGCAGGAGAGCGGUGAUUGAGGCAGCGUUUAGGAAGCUGGACCGCAGUGGAGACGGGGUGGUGACCGUGCAGGACCUGCAGGGCGUGUAUGAUGCGACGCAGCACCCUAACUUCCGCAGCGGGCUCUGGAGCCAGGAGGAGGUGUUCCACACGUUCCUCGACAGCUUCGACUCGCCGCACGACAAGGAUGGAAAGGUCACUCUGGAGGAGUUUGUGAGUUACUACAGUGGUGUCAGCGUUUCCAUAGAUACGGACGAGUACUUCGUCACCAUGAUGCGCAAGGCCUGGAGACUUUAGUUCACACCCACUCUCAUCUCAUCGCCCCUUCUGAUUGGCUGCCUUUGAUAGGCAACACCUGCUCUCAUGCACAUCAUACCCUCUGAUUGGCUCCAUUGCAAGGUCACACCAGACAAUUUCUCACGCAGUUCAUUUUCAUUUUCCAAACACACAGAAUAUAAUAUAUUAUAUAAUAUAUUAAUACCCCUAUGAACCUCACUCCUCUCACUCACUCACUCACUCACACACUCACUAACCAAAGUUUUCAAAAACAAUGGUUAUGCAACAAAAUAUUAGUUGAGUAAUUUAAAGUGGUUAAAUCUUGAAAAAUGUUUUCAGUUUAUGCAGUUUGAAGAGAAAAAUGUUGACUGCCAUUUUUUUUAACAGAUUAAUAUUCAAUUUCUUUGCUUCUUGUAAAAGAAUAAUGCAGACUUGAUCAAAUUUGUCAGUGCUUUGCUUUGGAAUUGAAAUAUUGAACUAAAACCUAUUAAAAAGUAAUUUAAAGUGAA